AUGAGGGGAGAUGAGGGGGAGAUGAGCCCAUCCGGAAGGCCUUUUAAGCGCAAGGAGGAAUACUUGAGCAUUUUGAAAGCAACGGAAAUCCAGAGAUAUUCCGCUCACCUCAACGAGACCAAGCACUACACGAAUGAGAGCGUAAUAACAACUGUUCCUGAACUGGUCUUCCUUCCACUUGCCAAGUUCAAUACCAUGGCAGAAAUCUUUGGUGCCGCUGCAGCCGCCUUUGGGGUCCUGGAGCAGGUAUCCAAGUUCGGCAAGCGGAUUCUCCGCGCCAAAAACAGCCCGAAGGACCUCCCUCCCGUCAUCAACCAACACAUGCUCAUCGUUGAUAGCAGUAUGGCUAUCAUCACGUUGAUUGAAAACGAAGAGCCCUUCAAGACUCGAGCCAUCCAGGAGGUCCUCAAGAACAUCCAAGCCUCUGGGGCAGCCAUUACCACGCAUCUCCAGGGGAUGUGUGCAACACUAGAAAAGGGCGGUGCCGAAAACUUUACACAUCAGCUUUUUGCCGGGGCCAAGGACCUGGAUGAGCUUCAAAAGAUGGUUGCUGAGUUGAAAAUUCACAAGCAAGACCUUGGAAUAAGUCUCGAGAGUGUCCAUGUUGGAUUGACUCAACAGGCCGGACAGGCAAUUGCAGUCAACACAGCCGUAGUCCAGGAACUCAACGAUACUCUCAAGAAAGCCUUAGGGGACACAAAUGGCCUCAAAAUUGCGCGAAUUGUUCAAAACCGCCAAGCGAACGGCGAGGGGCUAGUCUUCCUACAGGAAAACGACAUUACUGAGCUGUCUGGUUUGCCAGAAGAGGGCCCUUCAAAGAUUGAGGACAACCCAUCCGACUCUCAUCGGAAGGAGAGAUACAUUGAGAAGAACAAAGCCAUCAGGAACUCAUUCAUGCAAAAUGUCCCGGUUUCCGAUGAGCCUGAUGCUUGGGCCCACAUAGACAUUAUUAGGAUUGCCGACAACGAAGCAAUUGAUGGUUCAACCAUGGUCAACUAUCCGGUAUCUUCGGCGCACCUCAUGGCUCUUAUCAACCGGCCCAUAGGUCGUUAG